AUGGCCGACACAGUAUCCCAAAGUGGUCCUUUGCCUCCGAUCACUUAUCUGGAUAUGGAGAAGGUCAAAAGAGAAAACCCGUACAAUCAUAACAUCUCCAUUACCUCGGCCCUCCACAUGCCUGCGCCACCGCUCAUCAGUCCUUCCAUCUACUCUGGUCCACCUCCUCCGUAUUCAUAUCCUUCUUCGGCUGCUAGCUCAGUGGUGGGUAGCAGUGGAAGUGGCCCUGGCGCUGCUGGUGCUGGAAACUAUAACUCUCAGGCAGAUACCCGUCGGAUAUCUGGAGACGAUAAAGAACAUUUACCUGCUCCUCAACGGCAGUCUUUGCCAUCGAUAUCAGAAGCACUGACGGGAGACCAACAGCAGCCGAUAUCCAUAUCCUCACUGCUGUCUUCGACCACUCCACAGCCAAAGUUUUCAUUGGUACCAAAAAGUCCUACAACCCCGGUUGGGAGAUCGUACCUAGACACUUUCCCAAAAGGUCCUCCCGAUUCGUUUCCACAGCAUACUUCUGCAUCUUACCGUCCGCCGCAGCCGUCCGAUCGCUCCUGUGGAUCGAACUACUCUCCUCACAUGACAGCCCCUUUGGGGGAAAGUCGCUUUUCAGCGAUGCCUCCCUUGGACUCACAUCAACCUGUCCCACCACCACCUAGAACGAUAUCAAGUCCUCUACAUUAUUCACGACCUGGUGCUUCACCCAUUCAAUCACAACAAAAUUACAUCCCACCAUCUCCUAUGCACGAGAAGAUCUCUCGCCCUGCUCCUCCACCACCUACAUCAAACGCUCCGUUCGGAUACAGCGUGAACAAUUAUCAGCCCGCUUACUCUUAUCCUCCGUCAACGCCUGGAGUCUCCUCAUAUCGGACGCCAACGCUACCACCAUCUGCAUGGCGGAGUACUGCACCAGAGAUUGAGCGAGUCGAUGAGAUGAGAAAAGCGACCGCCAAGGAGACAUCGCCACCUAGACCAGCUUAUGGGGAGUCUGUGAAGCGCCAUCUCGAUAUUUUUGAUCUAGAGACGUCCCUCAAUGAGAUUGCCGAAGGAAGUGGCCGUGGACUAGAAUUCUCUCGUCUUUUCGGCACCCGUGCCCAUCAGACGCAACGCUCAGGCCCCAUCCCCGGCUCAUUGCCAUCAUUGACCGAAUGCGAUGAGAUAAUCCGACAACAAACUAAAGUCCUCGACGCUAUGUCUCGUAUUAGAGAUGUCAUUUGUAAGCAGCAACAAGCUCUCGUCGAGCAAAGAAACUACGAUCAGCAGAAUUACAAAGCUGCUCCUAGUGAAGCUGACGACAAUGAAUCCAACUCGUACAUUGAUAAGCUUGAAGGUUCUGGUGGUUUCGCUGGCGCUGAUGCUAAGAAGAGAAGAGGCAGAGCGGCACCGCCGGGUAGGUGCCAUAGCUGCAACAGAGCCGAGACGCCGGAGUGGAGGCGUGGGCCUGAUGGUGCGAGGACGCUGUGCAACGCUUGUGGUCUACACUACGCAAAAUUGACCAGGAAGAUGGGGCCCAAGGCCUCUGCCUCAACUGGCUCAUCAAAUCUGCGUCCCAAGGAGUCGAGCCCUCACUCUCCUUGA